AUGGCGGACUCAAUGCAAAUCGACCUGCCUGUAAUUGACGAGUCCUUGUACUCAAGACAGCUUUAUGUCUUGGGAAAAGAAGCAAUGCUCAAGAUGCAGAACGCCAACGUAUUAAUCAUUGGCCUCAGAGGCCUUGGGGUGGAAAUUGCCAAAAACGUCGCUCUCGCCGGCGUGAAAUCCUUGUCACUUUACGACCCCAAGCCUGUGGAGAUCCAGGAUUUGUCCUCGCAGUUCUUUUUGUCGGAAAACGACAUUGGCAAACCUAUAGCUGAAGUGACCGCCGCUAAGGUCCUGGAGUUGAAUCUGUACGUGCCCGUGUCGGUUGUCAACGACAUCUCCGAAAGUGUCUUGUCCAAAUACAAAUGUAUUGUGGCCACCAACUUGUCCUUGGAAGAGCAGGUGAAAAUUAACGAUUUCACCCACAAGAAUGACAUUGGUUUCAUUGCCGCAGACACGAGAGGUCUAUUUGGCCAGUUGUUCGUGGACUUGGGUGAAACAUUUCCUGUCAUUGAUCAGACUGGCGAGGAGCCAUUGACUGGUAUCGUUUCUGACAUUGACUCUGAUGGCACUGUCACCAUGUUGGAUGACAAUAGACACGGCUUGCAAGAUGGCGAUUACGUGAAGUUCGACGAAGUCGAAGGAAUGCCAAAGCUCAAUGACGGGUCUCCGCACAAGAUUGAGGUCCUCGGGCCAUACGCUUUCAAGAUCAAGAUUGAUCCAUCAUAUGGAACCUACGUUAAGGGCGGUUUAUACACGCAGGUGAAGAUGCCCACCAAACUCAACUUUAAGUCCCUCAAGGAUCAGUUGGCAGACCCUGAGUAUGUUUUUUCAGAUUUCGCCAAAUUCGACCGUCCUCCACAACUUCAUUUGGGUUUCCAGGCUCUUCACGCCUUCCAAACUAAGCACCAGGGUAAAUUACCUCGCCCAUGUCACGAGGAAGAUGCAAAUGAAUUUUUGCGUUACGUUGAAGAGUUACACGCUCAAAGUCCCUCCAUCUUGGGUGAGGCUGAGGUUGACAAAAAGCUUUUGAAGGAGUUGGCCUUUCAGGCCACUGGUGAUAUCCCAGGUGUUUCAGCUUUCUUCGGAGGCUUGAUUGCGCAAGAAGUCUUGAAGUGCUGUUCUUCAAAGUUUGGCCCUGUCAAGCAAUUUUUGUAUUUUGACUCGUUGGAGUCCUUGCCUAACCCUGAAGAGUAUCCAAGAACACUUGAAACCACCAAACCAGUUGGUUCCAGAUAUGACGGUCAGAUUGCCGUAUUUGGAUCUGACUUCCAGAAAAAAAUCUCCAACUUGAAAGUUUUCUUGGUUGGAGCAGGUGCCAUCGGUUGCGAGAUGUUGAAGAACUGGGCUAUGAUGGGUUUGGGCAGUGGCCCAGAUGGCAAGAUUAUUGUCACCGACAUGGACUCCAUUGAAAAGUCUAACUUGAAUAGACAAUUCUUGUUCAGACCAAAGGAUGUCGGUGGUAACAAGUCUGAAAUUGCCGCAAAGGCGGUUCAAGUCAUGAACCCACAUUUGGAAGGAAAAAUUGUUUCUAAAUUGGACAAAGUCGGAGCUGACACGGAGCACAUUUUUGAUGAUGCAUUCUGGGAAGGUUUGGAUCUCGUUACUAAUGCCUUAGACAACGUUGAUGCGAGAACGUAUGUUGACCGUCGUUGUAUCUUCUACAAGAAGCCUUUGCUCGAGUCGGGUACUCUCGGUACAAAGGGCAAUACUCAGGUCGUCAUUCCAAACUUGACCGAAUCCUAUUCUAGCUCUCAAGAUCCUCCUGAAAAGUCCAUUCCCUUGUGUACAUUGAGAUCGUUCCCCAACAAGAUCGAUCACACAAUUGCUUGGGCGAAGUCUCUUUUCCAGGAUUAUUUCGCUGACUCUCCAGAGACCGUCAAUUUGUACUUGAGCCAGCCAAACUAUGUUGAGCAAACCUUGAAGCAGAACCCAGAUAUCAAGGGUACCUUGACCAACAUUGCCAACCUUUUAAACAACAGGCCGUACACUUUCGAAGAUUGUAUCAAGUGGGCUAGACUCCAGUUUGAGGUCAAGUUCAAUCAUGAAAUCAAGCAAUUGCUCUUCAAUUUUCCAGAGGACGCAAAGACUUCUAAUGGUGCUCCUUUCUGGUCUGGACCAAAGAGAGCUCCAAAGCCUUUGGAAUUCGACAUCAACAACCCAGACCAUUUCAAUUUUAUUGUAGGAGGUGCUAAUUUGUUAGCAUUUAUUUACGGAUUGAAGGGACAAAAUGCCACGGUUGAAGAUUACAAGAGAGCUUUGGAUGCUGUUGAAGUUCCUGACUUCACUCCAAAGUCUGGGGUCAAAAUUGCUGCCAGUGAACAAGAGGCUGAAGAACAAGCCAAGGAGCUCUCAGGAUCUCUCGAUGAAGAGGAAAUUCAAAAAAUCGCCGCUACAUUACCUGAGCCCUCAAGUUUGGCUGGCUACAGAUUGACACCAAUCGAAUUCGAGAAAGAUGAUGACACCAACCACCACAUAGAGUUCAUCACUGCAGCAUCAAACUGCAGAGCCUUGAACUAUUCUAUUGAAACGGCCGAUGCCUCCAAAACUAAAUUCAUCGCAGGAAAGAUCAUCCCUGCCAUCGCAACUACGACUGCCUUGGUCACUGGCCUUGUGUGUCUCGAAUUGUACAAGGUUGUCGCGAAACAUGACAAUAUUGAGCUUUACAAGAACGGUUUUGUCAACCUUGCACUUCCAUUCUUCGGCUUUUCUGAGCCCGUCAAGUCACCAAAGGGUAAGUACAACGGCAAAGAGUUUGAUCAAAUUUGGGACAGAUUCGAGCUUAAGGGCGACAUCACUUUGAAGGAGUUGCUUAAUCACUUUGAAGAAAAGGAAGGCUUGGAGAUUUCGAUGUUGUCAUACGGUGUGACGCUAUUGUAUGCUUCAUUUUUCCCUCCCAAGAAGGUCAACGAGAGAAUGAACAUGAAAUUCACCGAUUUGAUCAAAAAUGUCAGCAAAAAGGAAUUGCCUCCACAUGCAAAGAGCUUGAUCUUGGAAGUUUGUUGCGAUGAUAAGGAAGGAGAAGAUGUAGAGGUGCCUUACAUCAACUUGAAAUUGUAA